UAUAACAGCGUGGUUGCACACCGUGACUCCUCGCAGAUUUCUCAGCUCGCCUGUGCAUGAGGAGGAGGCUAAUCCUUCUAAUGAUGAUUUUCCUCUUCCAGCACUUGGUCUUGCUGGCCGUAGACUUGUUCCUUGCGAUGACCCUUUCCUGCCUCCUUUAUGCCUUCGCGUUCGUGUCCAUCGCAUUUUUGACCUGCUGCAUUGUCUUCUUGUCCUUCGGCAUUGUGGAGAAGAACAUUGACGUAAAAGGGAGAGCAAUUGUGAUUCUCGUGUCCAACAGCUCCAUUGGGAGGACAUUUGCCAGGAACCUGGAUAAAGCAGGUUUUAGGGUGUCUGCUGCACACUGGCCUCCUCGAGAGGAGGGGACAACCACAAAAGAAGAGUGCUCUUCAAGCAUGGAGGUAGCACAGCUCCGCAUGACUGACGAUGAGUAUCAGAAGACAAUGAAAACCUUCAUAGAGAGCCACUUGUCCCUGAAAGGCCCUGUGCAGGAAGGCCGUGCUGGAAGGCAGAGCACUCACCAGGAGCCGCCCCUGCUGCGGGCACCCCCCCAGAGACACGGUAGGGAGCCCCAGCCGAUGCCUGCUGCCAGCUGCAGCUGCCGGUGACCCAGCCGCACAGGCCAUCUCCCGCUGCUUCCCUCCUCAGGCGCACCCAGCAGACCAGAAGUGCCUGUGGUCGGAUCCUGUGAAACUGUGCUGGUAAAACUUGCCUGCGUGGACAAGGCCUGACAGCUCCCGGGGCUGAGCACCAGCACUCCCCUGCUCUGCAAAUCAGUGAGGGAGACUUUCUCAACCAGUACGGCUCCAGGGGCCUCUACUGUUUUAACUACAGGAGGAUCUGGCCCAGGGAUA